CUUAUUCAAUUUCACUACCAACAGUUUUCAAUUCGAUCAAAAGCAUCCCCAAACUUUAUUCUAUAUACGCUGCAUAUAUAUUUUUAAGAUUUGAUCAGACACGCCCUUUUAAGAAUGGACAACAUGUUUAGACUCAUGGGCAGUGAAGAGUUCUCCGACCGAAGACGGUGCAUUUGGGUUAACGGUCCAGUUAUCAUCGGCGCAGGGCCAUCGGGGCUAGCCACGGCCGCUUGCCUCCACGAGCAAGGCGUUCCCUUUGUGGUAUUGGAGAGAGCAGAUUGCAUAGCUUCUUUGUGGCAGAGACGAACUUACGACAGAAUCAAACUUCAUCUACCCAAAAACGUCUGUCAAUUACCUAAAAUGCCCUUCCCGGAAAACUACCCUGAAUACCCAACGAAACGGCAGUUCAUUGACUACCUUGAGUCUUACGCAAACCGGUUUGACAUUAGUCCGCAAUUUAACGAGUGUGUUCAAUCCGCUCGGUACGACGAGGUUAGUGGUCUCUGGCGGAUCAAGACGACAACGACAUCAUCCAUUGCUGGAUCGGAGAUGGAGUAUAUUUGCCGGUGGCUGGUGGUGGCAACGGGAGAAAACGCCGAGAGAGUUGUGCCGGAGAUCGAUGGGCUCACGACAAAGUUUGAGGGUGAGGUGAUUCACUCUUGUGAGUAUAAAUCCGGCGAGAAGUAUAGAGGGAAGAGUGUUCUUGUCGUGGGAUGUGGAAACUCCGGUAUGGAAGUUUCGCUUGAUCUCGCUAAUCACAAUGCUAAUCCCUCCAUGGUUGUUCGUAGCUCGGUUCAUGUCUUGCCGAGGGAGAUUUUUGGCAAAGCGACUUUCGAAAUCUCGAUGAUGCUGAUGAAGUGGUUACCUCUAUGGCUAGUAGACAAGCUUCUGCUGAUUCUUGCAUGGCUAAUUUUGGGAAAUUUGACAAAGUAUGGGGUAAAGAGGCCCAAUAUGGGACCAAUGGAGCUCAAAGUGGUUACAGGGAAGACUCCGGUGCUUGACAUUGGAGCUAUAGAGAAAAUCAAAUCCGGUGAUGUAGAUGUCGUCCCUGGAAUCAAACGGUUCUAUCGUAACCACGUGGAGUUUGUUGAUGGCCAGAGAUUAAAUCUCGACGCCGUGGUUCUCGCCACUGGUUACCGUAGCAACGUCCCUUCAUGGCUUCAGGAAAAUGAUUUGUUUUCCAAAAACGGGUUUCCAAAAUCAGCGUUUCCAAAUGCAUGGAAAGGGAAAUCAGGACUUUACGCGGCUGGGUUCACGAGGAAAGGAUUGGCUGGAGCAUCAGCAGACGCCGUUGACAUCGCUCAAGACAUUGGCAACGUGUGGAGAGAAGACUCCAAAAUACACAAGAUGAGAUCACGAGUGGUUUAUCGUAGAUGCAUCUCACUUGCUUAG